CUGAACGGCAGAAUCAUGAAAGAGAGAGAAAGAGAAGAGAAGAUGAGUUUAGAGAGACAGAAGAAAGAUAUAAAAGAGAAAUAAUGGAGCAAAAGAGACAGAUGGAAGAUGAGAUGAGAAGAGAAAGAGAGACAUUAAAAAAUGAAAUUGAGGAAAUAAAGAAAGAAAACAAAGAUCUCCAGAUAACAUUUAUAAAAGAAAAGGAGAGAACAGAUAGAGAAAGAGAAGAUCUUUUGUUAAAACAUGAAACAGAGAUAGAGAGAAUGAAAAAGAUGAUGGAGGAAGAAAGACAGAAUCAUGAGAAAGAGAGAAAGAAAAAAGAAGAGGAAUUUAUUGAGAGAGAAAAAAAAUAUAAAAGAAAAAUGAAGGAGCAAGAAAAACAGCUGCGAGAUGAGAGAAGAGAACGAGAGACAUUAAACAAUGAAAUUGAGGAAAUAAAAAAAGAAAAGAAAGAUCUCCAGAUAAUAUAUGACAAACAACUGAUGAAUACACGAGAGAAUGAACGACGGAAUUAUGAGAGAGAGAUACAGAGAAGAGAAGAUGAGUUUAAAGAGACAGAAGAAAGAUAUAAAAGAGAAAUGAAGGAGCAAAAGAGACAGAUGGAAGAUGAGAUGAGAAGAGACCGGGAAAGAUAUGAGAGAGAAAAACAAGAUGAAAGACUGAGAAAAGAAGAAGAAGAUCAGAAAAGAAAAGAGAAAGAACAAAUGAUGUUGGACCAGUAUGAGAAAAUAAAAAAAGAGAAAGAGAGAACAGAAAGAGAAAGAGAUGAACAUCAGUUUAAAUAUAACACAGAGAUAGAGAGGAUGAAGAAGAUGAUGGGGGAAGAAAGUCUUAAUCAAAUGAAGAAGAUUUUUUAAUUCAGAACUUAUUUCAGAACUAUAUCUUUGGUGAACAUGGUACUCAGAUUCAAAUGUGUUUUGCAAGUAUGUAUGUCUCAAGCUUGUAAGCUGAAGACUAGCAGUCGUAAAGACUGCAAUGUAUGCAGGGUUUAAAAUAUGGUAACUGAGAGCAGAGCUAAAAAUGCAUAGGCUGACAUUUGGAAGGAAUGAAGUUACCACACCUGUCAAACAUAAAAACAUGCUAAAAACAACUACAUGGGAGGGGUUUCAACUUUUAGAGAACUGUAUAUUAGGUUGCAUUCUGAAAAAGACUCGUUAGUUGCUUGGCCACCAACUCGGCCUUAUUGUUGUAUGCAAUAAAGUCAUCUUUUGGCAAUGGAACCCUCUGCUGAAAAUUAUUUUUCAUAAUCACUACAAAAAUCCACAACAUUUGGCGCCCGAACAGGGACUGGAAAGGAGCAUGGAGGUGGAUGACCGCUGUGGGCUAAGUUUGGAUGAGCAGCAUACACAGGACCAGG